AUGUCGGAUUCUGACGAAGAGAAAACAUCUCCUUAUGUCACUCUUAUCUCUAACGAUGGAUAUAGCUUCCAAAUAACGAGAGAAGCAGCAAUGAUUAGCGGAACUCUUCGAGGAAUGCUCAAUACAUCAUUCCAAGAGUCUUCCACAAAUACUAUCAAGAUGCAUGAAUUGGAUUCACAGCUAUUGGAGAAGGUGGUGGAGUAUUUGUACUACAAUCUUAAAUAUAAUGAACUGGUAGAUGUUCCUGAGUUCGAUAUUCCCACUGAGAUGGCUUUGGAAUUACUUGUGGCUGCUGAUUUCUUGGACGUCUGA